UACAAUGUGCUGGCAUCUGCUUAUACCACUGGGGUCACGCCACGGGACCAGGGGAACCGCCCCACAAUUUUUUGUUUUACCUCCAGACUGGGACCAGGAUUUUCCGACAAAAUAAGGCCGACAAGAACGUCCAGGUGGGAGCGACUGGGACAGCUCGGAGGAGUGGGGUAAUUGGCCAGGGUGAUGACGGCCCGUCGCCCGCCUCUCGUCUCCCUGCUCUCUUCCCUGCUGCCCAGGGGCUUUGCAGUGGGGCCAUCCAGGCAGUGCGAGGGCAGCCUGGGGCUGUGGUGGGUAGGCCGUUCCCUGAAGGCCGGAGCUCUGCUGGGGAUGGAGGGAAACUCAGAGUGGCCCUGGAGGAACGACCCCCGUUGUGAGAGUGACCUCAGGGCGACCUCUGAACCUGAGAGUGGGGAAGGUCAGACGAGCAGUACGGAGAGAAAACAGGUAAUGAUGGAGAGAGCAGCCACAAAGGAAACUCUGUCUGACAACAGAACUUUAUGGAUCAGCCUUGCCUGCCAGGUGCAGGAUGGAGCGCAGCAUAAUGUGACGGUACAGUGUGUGUGUGGUGAGGUGUGUGUGGGUUUGUGUGUAGAUGUGUGCCUGUGUGUGUGUCAGGACAUCCAGCCGGGGACGGAACUGUUAUUGUACGGCGACCCCGGAGGAAAUAUUCAGACAGCAGCCAAACCUGACACGCAAGACAAAUCUACCGGACUACACAAAGACGCGGCAGCGGUGUCUGUCCACGGAGACUCUGGGCGAGCAGAGGAGGAGGGAGGCCGUCAGAAACAAGAGGAGAACCAGAGGGAGAAGACAGAGGAGCACAGAGAGGAAGAGGAGCGGGAGAAUGAGGAGGAGGACGGGGAGAGGAGGAGUCCUGGACCCACAUGCUGGAGUGGGAAGAGUGGGGUUGACUCAGACACAGACAAACCGGAGAGAACUACUGACAUGGAAACAAACCUGACACCAAACCCACCAUCACACAACACAAACACAACAUGUGUAACGACUGGCAAGACAACAGACACACACACUGAUGGAAAAACAGACACACACACUGAUGGAAAAACAGACCCUGCCUCAGAAAGACAUGCUGGUGCAAAGACUUGUCGAGCCACUGGAAGACAGACAGUCGGUGAAGCUACAGAAAGACAGACAGACAGGAAAGCGACAGUCAGACAGACAGGCAGUAAAGUUACAGAAAUACAGUCAGACCCCCGAGACCCCUCUUCUCCUCUUCCUGCCACCAGAUGUAGUUCACGCCUGGCAGCCAAACCACGGAAAGUUCACGGUCCGAUUGGCUGCCGCACCACCCAGACUGAACACCGGCCCUCCGCUCUCCCAACACACAGACCAGCGGACAGACAGACAGAGACAGACGCGCGGACAGGCAGGGCGGACAGACAAGCAAACGGCAGCCUUAGCAAGCGCGCACAGCCUCUCAUCGGGGAGGCUGUUUCCAUGGAGACAUGUGGUGCUGAGGCGGCAGAGUGUGUUGCCGCGGAGAUGCCGAAGGUGGUUGCCAGGGAGAGGAAGUACCCGUGCUCCAGCUGUGGUCGAAGUUUCUACCAGUUGUGUCAUCUGAAGAAACACCAGUUCACCCACACAGGCAUGAAGCCCUACAGCUGUCAGCAGUGUGGCAAAAACUACAGCUCGGCAGAGAACUACAAAGCCCAUCAGUUAAGCCAUCGCGGCGAGCGUCCGUUCUCCUGUCCUCUCUGUGAGAAGCGUUACGGUCUGAAGAGGGACCUCAAGGAGCACAUGGUGGUGCACACGGGGGAGAAACCGUACGUCUGCGACCGCUGUGGGAAAGCCUUCACGCGCCGGCCCUCCCUGCGCAUCCACCGCCUGAAUCACGGCAGCAGGGAGUCGCACCAGCAACCUCCCAAAUCUCAGUGUACCGUGUGCUCCAAGCUGCUGGCUAACCCCGGCUCUCUGAAGAACCACAUGAAGCUCCACUCUGGGGAGAAACCUCACAUCUGUCAGCACUGUGGCAAGACCUUCAGACAGAGAGGUAACCUCCAGGGGCACUUGAGAAUCCACAGCGGGGAGAAGCCGUACGGGUGCACCCACUGUGAGCGGAGUUUCUCCCAGAAGCCCGAUCUCCGCAGACACCUGCUCUCCCACACCGGCGACGUUUUCCUUUGCAGCUACUGUGGGAAAGCACUGAGGGACCCGCACACCCUGAGAGCCCACGAGAGGCUUCACAGCGGGGAGAGGCCGCACCGCUGCCACAUCUGCGGGAAAGGUUACAUCCUGGCCACUAAGCUGCGACGCCACCUGAAGUCGUCCCACCUCACACAGAAGCUGUUCAGCUGCCACUGCGGAGCAUCCUACGCCCUGAGACAGAGUCUGCUGAAGCACCAGGCCCAGCACCAGGGCGGUGGGAGGGAGGAGGAGGAAGCGGCAGUGGUGGGCAGAGGAGAGACUGCGGGAGGGAAGAGUGAGAUUUCACAGGCAGCGGUAGAGGCUUCAGAACCGACUCACUGCCGACCCGUCAGGGGCAGACCCAGGAAGAACCCGCCACUGGCAGGGGGGAGGGACAAGGGACGCAGAGAGGAGAGAGAGAGGAGAAAGCGAAGGGACGCAGAAGUUGAGGGAGUGAGGCGAGUAGGAGGAGACGAAGAGGAUCAAGGCGAAGUAAUGUUCUCGAGUCAAACCGAACGGACUGUCAUCCUCGUCCAAACCACAGCAAACCAAAUGAGCUGUGCCCCUCUGCUCCUCACCCCGAACAGCCCUCUCCAAGUGUGCGCACAGGAAGUGAUGGAGGUGUUGAUGUCAGAGGGUGGGGAGCAGUGCAUCGUGGUCCACGGGCAGCAGACGGUGGGUGAGUUGGUGAUCUUACAGGGAGACGGUGGACUGUGUUCUGUGGCUCAGACGGUGGAAAUAGAGACCGGCUAAAACAACUAAUUGUACCGCACGGGUACUAAAAAGUAAAGGUAUUCAACUACUUUAACUAAGCUAUCAAGGCUGUAACACAGCGCUUACUUUGACAUGGGGGUAUUCAUCAGUGUAUUAAAGGGAUUUAUUGACAUACUAUAAGGUGGUAUGAGUUACUCAAUAGUAGUGAGUACCACACACAAAAAACUGUAGACCAUCCACCAAACAAUAGAGCAUCUUUCGCAUACUUCUGGUGCUCGAUUCUCCACUCGAUAACUUGGAACUACUUUUUGUUGAUGUAUUACUACGCACUGGAGCCUGUUUGUGGUUUGUAUCACACUGCCUACCAAUUUUUUUUAAUUUUUUUAAUGUGCCCAUCAGAGUUUAAUUGGACAAUUGCGCUACAAUGGGUAGCCAGAGAAAUGUGAACAGGCUUCAGUGUGUAUUAAUACGCCGGCAUUCUUCAACAACAACUACUACUACUACUUCCGGCUGCUCCCGUUAGGGGGCGCCACAGCGGAUCAUCCAUUUCCAACUCUUCUUGUCCUCUGCAUCUUCCUCUCUCACACCAGCCACCUGCAUGUCCUCCCUCACCACAUCCAUAAACCUCCUCUUUGGCCUUCCUCUUCUCCUCUUCCCUGGCAGCUCCAUAUUCAGCAUCCUUCUCCCAGUAUACCCAGCAUCUCUCCUCCACACAUGUCCACACCAUCUCAAUCUUGCCUCUCUUGCUUUGUCUCCAAACCGUCCAACCUGAGCUGUCCCUCUAAUAUACUCGUUCCUAAUCCUGUCCUUCUUCAUCACUCCCAAUGAAAAUCUCAUCAUCUUCAUCUCUGCCACCUCCAGCUCCACCCUUUCUUCAACAACAAAAUGUAAUAAUGGAUUAUUACAUUUAUAUAGUGCUUUAUUUAGACACCCGAAGUGCUUCACACGGAAGGGGGUAACUCACCUCAACCACCACCAAUGUGUAGCACCGCCUGGGUGAUGCACGGCAGCCAUUUUGCACCAGAAGGCUCGUCACACAUCAGCUAGAGGUGGAGAGGGAGGACUCAUUGAGCCAGUUACAUGGGGGGGUGAUUAGGUGGUCAGAUGGAGAGAGGGCCGACUCACACACACACAUUCCUACCUAAGGACAAUUUAGUACGGCUGAUCCACCUGACCUACAUGUCUUUAGACUGUGGGAGGAAACCGGAGCACCCGGAGGAAACCAACACAGACACGGGGAGAACAUGCAAACUCCACACAGAGGAUGACCCGGGACGACCCCAAAGGUUGAACAAUACCGGGGCUCGAACCCAGGAGGCGACCGCGCUAACCACUGUGCCACCAUGCCGCCCCUUCAGCCAGUUAGUCAAAUAAUAAUUCAAUUUGCAUGAGCAUUUGAUUAAUUUGAUAUUGACGACGGGCCUUUGACCAAUUCUUGCACCCGGGCCCGUCCUCCCCGGCUUCCUUCUGCACCUCCAUAUCACGACCAGUAAAUCACGCCAUCCUGUGUCAGUAAAUUCAAACUGUCCCUUUAAAAUACUCACGAAUACUCCCAUGACAAAGUAAACUCUGUGCCACUGUCACGAUACGCUGGUUGCUAAAGCAGUAUUUGUACUUUGUGCAACAUCUUUACUGUGUAGUACACACGGCGGGGUAGGAGAUGCUGACCCGUGGGCCCGAAACAGCUUUCAGUGAACCAGACUCAUUUUAAAGUCCCACCCCUGAACCCGUCCCGCAUUACACUCGUAGCCUCGACACACCAAUAAAACUGCACUG